GGGGGCAGAGGAGAGACUCAGAAAAUGCAAAGUGAAAAUCUCUCUUGUUUGGCUUUUGCUUCUCUGCAAGAGUGUUUGAUAAAGAUUUUCUCUCUUUUUUCCCCCCCUUCCCUUUAAUUCCCCGCUUCUCUGUAUCCUUUUCUGUCAAUCUUCUGUCUUUCAAAUCGUAUUUUGGGUUUGUUUUCUUGGUGGGUUUAAGCUUAAAUCCUUGUAGGAAAACCAAGGAAAUCAUUUGAAUUGAAAGCCAGGUGAUUCAGAAUAGAGAUUCAGGCUUGUAAUUUCUCUCUUUUUCUGUAUGAUUUUUAGGUUCAUCAACUUGGAGGCUUUUAUUUUUGAUCCUUCAAGGUGAUCCUUUUUUCUUAUUUCAAGCUUUUUGGGUUUUGAUUUCUGAGAAACAAAAACCUCAGCGUUUUAUUGGGUUUUGUUUUUUGAAUUUUAUCUUGAUUUCUGUUCAUAUAAAAUUAGUACUCCCUGUUCUUGAAUUUUGUAAAGUAACAGGUUAUUUUCAAGACAUGGCAGCAGCUACAGACUUCUAUAGCAGCAGCACAACACCAGGUUUCUCAAUCAUAGAUCCUUGUAGGGAAGAGCUCAUGAAAGCUCUUGAGCCUUUUAUGAAAACUAUUUCACUAUCUCCCUCUGCUUCUCCUUCUUCCCCUUAUGACUCUCCAAUCUCUUUCCAGCCCAACUUGUGCUCUGAUUUCUGCUCCCCAUCAAGUACCCACAUGGUUUCUCAAGAGUUCUGCAAAAACAACCACAUGGGUUUGGAGCCAAGAGGUUCAAUAGGGCUCAACCACCUCACCCCAUCUCAAAUCCUCCAGAUCCAAGCCCAAAUUCACCUCCAGCAGCAACAACAACAACAGCAAAUUGCCAAUCUUACCUCAACUUCCCAUUUACUCUACAACCAAAGGCCGAGUUACUUGUCUCCAAAGCCUGUCCUCAUGAAACAAUCUGCCUCAACUCCGAAGCCAACAAAACUCUACAGAGGAGUGAGGCAGCGACAUUGGGGCAAAUGGGUUGCUGAGAUUAGACUCCCCAGAAACAGGACAAGACUCUGGCUUGGCACUUUUGACACAGCUGAAGAGGCUGCCUUGGCUUAUGACAAGGCAGCUUAUAAGCUAAGGGGAGAAUUUGCUAGGCUGAACUUUCCCCAUCUUCACCACCAAGGAGCUCAUGUUUGUGGUGAAUUUGGCGAUUACAAGCCUCUCCAUUCCUCUGUUGAUGCAAAGUUACAAGCUAUUUGUGAAAGCUUAGCUAACUCGCAGAAACAGGGGAAAACAGGGGAACGGAUUUACGCUGAUGAUUCUAAGACAAUUCUAUCAGCUUCUUCACAGGCGAAGAAGGAAGAUGAUUACUCUAUGAAAGGUGAAUUGAAAAGGGAGUUCGAUACUUAUGGAGUUGAGGAUUCUAAAGUGGAAAUUUCAUCAGCAUCACCAGCACCAGCUUCAUCUGAUGAGUCAUCAGCUGGUUCUUCUUCACCUCAGUCUGAAAUUUCAUUCUGGGAUUUCUCUGAUUCUUCCCAGUGGGAUGAAACCGAGAAUUUCAGUUUGGAAAAGUACCCAUCAGCAGAGAUAGACUGGGCAGCUCUCUAAGUUUCAAUCACUAUGUAAUCUUUAUGGUCAGUUUCUCUUUUUAGGUUUAUUUUGGUGUCCUAAGUAGCUUCUGCAAUGAAGUUUUUGGCAUUUGCAGAGCUGCAAUUAGGGUUAAGUCCUAGAUAUAAGGAAGAGCCACCUCUCCAUCUUGGUCUUGCUGGUGCUUUUUUUCCUUGCUUUGACCAUUCGAGAGUUUUGGGUUUGUAAUUUUAGGUCACUGUAAUUAAGCAAAGUCUUUCAUAUCAAUGUAUCUUUUUGUUUUUGCUGUA